AUGCACACGCCAACACUAAAGCAAGCAGCGGUCAGCACUUUAACCUCCGUUAAUGCUGCUAUGCCUCACACGUUUCUCCCAACGGUGGUGGCCGCAGUCGAUGACAAAUGGGGAAAUCGGGUAAGCUGUCGAAUAUUGCUGGACUCUGGAUCAACAAUAUCAUUUGUGUCAGAAGCCUUUGUACAACGUGUCGGUCUAUCACGUACAAACGGUCGUAUAUCAGUUUCUGGUCUAUCAGCCUGCAAUGCCGGAGUAACGCGAGGUCGGGUGUACUUCACUUUAAGCUCCAAAUUGAACGACUCGACACUAGAUAUACACGCUUAUAUUCUCAGCAAGUUAACAUCGCAAAUUCCUGUUCAGACCGUGAAUAUUUCUUCAUCAUCGUGGCGAUCAAUUGUGAAACUACCACUCGCUGACCCUACAUUCGCUGAAUCAGCACCAAUUGAUGUAUUGAUUGGCUCCGAUCAGUUGUGGAGCAUUUACACUGGCGAGCAAAAACAGUUCGGGCCUAACAUGCCGAUUUUGCUGAAUAGCGUGUUUGGUUGGGUGGUAGCUGGAACGCAUUUUACCGAAAGCGAAGCUAACUUAACUGCUGCAACUCAUCAUGCUACCGUUAACAUUGAUGCGCUGUUUCGGUCAUUUAUGGAAGUCGAGGAUGUCAAACCUACACCAGAAAAGAUCAAGAUGGCAGAUCCAGCAGAGGCCCAUUUUGUUCGUACUCACACGCGUCGUACUGACGGUACCUACGUAGUCAAAUAUCCCUUCAAGGAAAAGGCACCGGCAAUUCUUCACUGA